AUGGAUGCCGAAAAGGACAACGCCAAUCCGACCAUCAUCAACCCCUCCGACCUCCCAUCUCGCCGACGCGAAGCGCCCACGAAGAAGCAGCCAAGAAUCUUUGACUCCCUCGCGCCCGCCUACCCCAGCCUGGCGGAUCCCCUCUCCUCCCCAGAAGCCUCUGACUCUGACUCAGAAGAGGAAGCGCGGGAGGAGAUCGAUGAGCAGGAGGUGUACGACCUUAUCUCGACCAUUUCCGACCCGGAACACCCGCUGUCGCUUGGUUCGUUGGGCGUGGUGACGCUGGACGAUAUCGCCAUCAAAGGGCCAACGUCUCCGCGGUCGCGCAUCAUCAUUGGGUUGGGUGUGAAGGUGCGGUUGCUGAACUGCUUGCCGCCGCGGUUCAGGAUCGAUGUUAGGAUUAAAGAGGGCACGUCGAAUACAGCAGAUGAGGUGAACAAGCAGCUGGGCGAUAAAGAGCGAGUUGCGGCGGCGAUGGAGAAUAGGAACUUGAUCAAUGUUGUGAAUACGAUGCUGGCUACUUGCGAGUAG